CCAGACAGAAUAUAGGCUUGGAUUUGAAGUUGGGAAAAGUUUGUCCCUCUAAUAGAAAGGUUAGCUAACUCUGGUCUCUAUCAGGGUUUGGCUAAUUUACAGAAAAUCUAUCCCUGCUUUUCUUAAAAAAUAAAAUGUCAAAUGCCAGGAAAGUAACAGAAGAGAAAAAAAAAGUUUUAAGCUGUAAUAUCCAAGAAAUGAUGUUUAAUAGGUGCAAAAGAAUACUGACAAAGGAGAGGUUUAGUGGGGAGGGACAUGAGUGAGAUUUGGGUAAGUAGAAGGGGACAGAAUAGACAUCCGCCCGGAAAUACUGGGAGCAGUACAGGAACCCUCAGCUUUCACUUUUCUCCUUCUCUCUCUUUUUAAUAAUCAGUUGGUAUUUUAUAUGCAUUGGAGUUGGAUUUAACUUUCAAAGUAAAAACCCCCGUUUUAAAGUUCUCAUAGUUCUCUUUACUCUCUCUCUUUCUGCCACACAUCACUCUGAGCAGUCGCAGCAUUGCAGCAGCAACAGUUGCAGCACUGCUACUGCUCAGUUUGCAGUCAAGAAGCCAAAAAAGAAAACAUCGAAAACACCUUCCUUCCAUAAUAAUCCAAAAAAAAUAUUACUCCAUGUACUACCAUAUAUAUACAUAUACAUGUCUAAUUAUUGCUAUAAAUAUUAAUAUUAUCAUUUAAUUAAAGCUCACAAAAGCUUGAUUUGACUAAAACCCCAUCACCCCCUAAAAAAAAGAAAUUUGGUUUUUUUUUUCUUUUUUUUUUUAGGGUCUUGAUUCAACUUCUUUUUGCAAUGCCAAAGUUGCACUUGCUCUUUUAUCUUGAAAAACCUUUCUCUAAAGUGCAUUCAUGAAAUAGUAAUACCUCUUCUUCGUUACUCACUGCUUCCUGUCAAAAAAACCUAAACUUUCCUUCAACUUCUCCAAAAAACCGUUUCUUUCUAGGCUUUUUUUGGACUAGCCAAUGGGGGGUUUAAUCGAUCUGAACACUACAGAAGACGACGAAACGCCGUUAUCUGGUUCUUUAUCUCCAUCUUCGUCUUCAGCUUCCGUGUUGAGUGUCUCUGGUGCUGCUGCUUCUGGUUCUAGUUCUAGUUCUUCAGUUUGUUUAGAGCUUUGGCAUGCGUGUGCUGGUCCACUUAUAUCUUUGCCAAAGAGAGGAAGUGUAGUGGUGUACUUCCCUCAGGGGCACUUGGAACAAGUGUCCGAUUUUUCCGGCGUAGCUGCAGCUUAUGAUCUCCCUCCCCACGUGAUUUGUCGGGUUGUUGAUGUCAAGCUCCAUGCUGAGGGUGCCACGGAUGAGGUUUACUCGCAAGUUUCACUAGUUCCUGAAAGUGAGCAAAUUGAGCAGAAGUUGCAAGAGAGGAAGACAGAGGCAGCUGGUGAAGAUGAGGAUGCAGAAGUUGAUAUCAAGUCAACCACGCCUCACAUGUUCUGCAAGACCCUUACGGCUUCUGAUACCAGUACACAUGGAGGCUUCUCUGUACCUCGUCGAGCUGCUGAGGACUGCUUCCCUCCCUUGGAUUAUAAUCAGCAGAGGCCCUCACAAGAGCUUGUUGCAAAAGACCUGCAUGGCUUGGAAUGGAGAUUUCGACACAUUUAUAGGGGGCAACCACGGAGGCAUUUGCUCACUACUGGAUGGAGUGCUUUUGUAAAUAAGAAGAAGCUUGUCUCUGGAGAUGCUGUGCUUUUUCUUAGGGGUGAGGAUGGAGAACUGAGGCUGGGAAUCCGAAGAGUUACUCAAAUUAAAAAUGGCACUUCUUUUCCAUCCUUGUGCAGUCAGCAGUUGAACAGCAGCACUUUUGUAGAUGUGGUCCAUGCUAUAUCUAUGAAAAGUGUUUUCAGCAUUUACUACAAUCCAAGCAGAGCCAGUUCAUCAGAGUUCAUAAUACCAUUGCAUAAAUUCUGGAAGAGUCUUGAUCAUUCUUUUUCUAUUGGAAUGAGGUUCAAAAUGCGGUUUGAAACUGAAGAUGCUGUAGAACGAAGAUAUACAGGAUUAGUAACAGGAAUUGGUGAUAUGGAUCCUGUUAGAUGGCCUGGUUCUAAGUGGAGAUGCCUGCUGGUAAGGUGGGAUGAUAUUGACACCAAUAGGCAUUGCAGGGUUUCUCCCUGGGAAAUCGAAUCAUCUGGUUCAAUUUCUAGUUCUAACAUCUUGCUCACUCCUGGUUCAAAAAGGAGCAGGGUUGGAUUGCCUUCAGGAAAACCUGAAUUUGUGGUUACUGAUGGCAUUGGAGCAUCCAACUUUGGGGAAUCUUCAAGAUUCCCAAAGGUCUUGCAAGGUCAAGAAAUUUUGGGUUUUAACACACUUUAUGAUGGUGCUGAUAGUCAAAAUAUGCAUCAGUCUGAUAUAAGGCGGUGCUUUCCUGGUUCUAAUGGUUCUGGUAUUGCUGCAAUAGGAAAUGUUGGUAGAGACCCACCCGUGAAUCCUGAUAUUUCCUAUAAAGGUGUAGGCUUUGGGGAAUCUUUCCAAUUCCAUAAGGUCUUGCAAGGUCAAGAAAUUUUUGUAAGCCCUUCAUAUAGAAGAGGCCCAACUGCAGAUGAGAAUCGAGAAAAUGACGGUCCUGGUGUCUCGGAUGCUGGUCAGUUGUCAGGAACUCGAAGUAGAUGGUCUUCUUUGAUGCAGGGCCAUAAUGCUCAUAGUCGUAUACUACCAUCUGCACAAGUGUCCUCACCAUCUUCAGUGUUAAUGUUCCAACACGCAAGCAAUCCAAUUCCAAACCUCAAUAGCGAGGAAAAGGAGCAGGGAGUUAACAAGCGGGGUUCUUUUCGUGCUCCUGAGACUUGUGGGGGAAAGUUAUUGCCAUCUUCUGCUGGUGAAUACAAUUCCCGUCCGAGGGAUCUUGGAAGUGUGGAUUCUUUUGGUCAUUCAAUUGCUUUUGUUCAACUUGGUGAUACUCACCCUCUGGCAGCUCAGCCAGCAUUUAGGACUACUCAAGAAUUAGCUUCCUCAUGUAAAAGUAGCUGCAGACUUUUUGGUUUCUCCUUGACUGAGGGAAGACAUGAUGCUACUAAGGAGGACAACAUGGUGCAAGCAACCUCAUCAUUGGCUCCUGGAGCAUUUCUACCUCGUAUUGGAGAACAGUUUCACCCAAAGCCUCCAGCAAUGACAAACACUGUUCGAAGCAAUUGUACCAAAGGAAUUCUUCGACAUUGUCUCAAAAAUUAUGAUAUAUACUGAUGAAGAUGCCGCAGAAGCAGCUGAUGUUGGGCAGGAAGAUGCCUAUGGUUGCUCUAGUUGCUUGUGUGUUUUGAUUGUAAGAAUCUAUCUGAUGACCUAAAAUUGGAAAAUUGUAAUUAUUCUAUGAAAUGACUUGAUUUUAUCUUAACUGCCUUGUGGCUAUCAUAAGAAGACCAUGUGUUAACCCUUGUGAUUGUAUUCUAUUCAAACCCCAUGCAGUUCCAUUCUAUUUCGGUUGGUUGAUGAACCCAAUCUGCUACAUUGAAAAUAGUCAUGGUUUUUCAACUUCAAUGAUCAGGUUGAAAUCAAAUCUAACAGUAUCAAUUUUAAAAAAGGGUACGGAUAAACAUUAAAUGCAGAACAAGUUAAUAACCUGCAGUUAACCGGAAUCGAAUAUGACGGGAUCGUCCCAAUUCAAGCACUGCCGACCGUUGAGGCCUGGAAGAAUAGCGAAAAUAAA